AUACGAUUAAAAAUCCUUUAUAAGUGGAUUUUUGUUUAUCCUGAAAAACCAUAUUUUCUUGAUACACGCAACCUUAUAUCAUUUGGGUAUGUUUAUUGACUACGUUGCAGCCAAAAUUGACCAUUGCUAUUAAACCUGCACUGAGCGAUUGCCAUUAGCUGCACUUUCGUUCAUCUACUAGAUUCCCUUUCCUAAUUCCUACCAUGGCUGCAGAAUUGGUUGGUGGUGCUCUUCUUUCUGCUUUCCUUCAGGUUGCAUUUGAUAGGCUGGCUUCUCCUCAAGUUCUCCACUUCUUUCGUGGAAGAAAACUUGAUCAGAAGCUGCUGAAAAGGUUGAAGCGGAAGCUGCGGUCCAUUGACGCUCUUGCUGAUGAUGCAGAUAUACAGCAGUUCAUAAAUAAACGUGUGAAGGCUUGGCUUGCUGAUGUCAUAGAUGCUCUGUUUGAAGCUGAGGAUCUCUUAGAUGAAAUAUAUGAAUUCUCCCUGCGCGAAGUGGAAGAUGAAUAUCAGAGAACAUCUAACAAGGUGUGGAAUUUGAAUUUAUCCCUUUCUUCUGUCAGUUUCUUUAUCGAUGAAAAUGAAAUUGAAACAAGGAUGGAACAAGUCCUUGACGACUUAGAUGAACUUGUAAACGAAGGCAGUCGUAUAGGUUUGAAAGAGGCUAGUGGUGUUGGGGUUGAUUCAGGAUCCAAUAGUAAAGUGUCACAAAAAUCGUCAUCAACAUCUUUGUUGAGUGAAAGAGACGAUAUUUAUGGCAGAGAUGAUGACAAAGAUAUUAUCUUUAACUGGCUUGCACCAGACAGUGACGAUGGUGACAAGUUAUUAAUACUUUCUAUUAUGGGCAUGGGCGGUUUGGGUAAGACCACGCUUGCCCAACAUGUAUACCAUGAUCAGAGGAUAGAGGGUAAAUUUGAUAUCAAAGCCUGGGUCUGCGUUUCGGAUGAUUUUGAUGUUUUCAAGGUAACAAGAACAAUUCUUGAGGCCAUCACCAGAUCAACUGAUGAUAGUAGAAACCUAGAAAUGGUUCAGGGAAGAUUAAAAGAAAUACUUAGUGGUAACAGAUUUCUUCUUGUUUUGGAUGACGUUUGGAACGAAAGCUGGUCUAAAUGGGAACAAGUGCAGAAAGCUCUUGAUUCUGGAGCUCAUGGAAGUAGGAUUCUUGUCACCACACGUAGUAAGAAAGUUGCUCUUUCAAUGCGCUCAAAAGAGCACCACCUGAAGGAAUUACAAGAAGACUAUUGCUGGCAGUUGUUUGCAAAUCAUGCAUUUCAAAAUGAUACUCAAGCAAAUACAGCUUUCAAGGAGAUUGGUAAACAGAUAGUUGAAAAAUGCAGAGGACUUCCACUAGCCUUGAAAACAAUGGGAAGUCUUCUACACAAUAAAUCAUCCAUUUCAGAAUGGGAAAAUGUAUUAAAAAGCGAAAUAUGGGAAUUAGAGGAUAGUGAUGUUAUCCCAGCUUUAGCACUGAGCUAUAACCAUUUUCCGUCCCAUCUCAAGAGAUGCUAUGCUUACUGUGCUUUAUUCCCUAAAGAUUAUGAGUUUGAUAAGAAUUGCUUGAUUCAAUUGUGGAUUGCUGAAAAUUUUGUACAAUUUCAUCAUCACAAAAGUCCAGAAGAUAUAGGUGAACAAUACUUUGAUGAUCUAUUAUCGAGGUCUUUCUUUCAACAGUCAAACAGAUAUAAAACAUGUUUUGUCAUGCAUGACCUUUUAAACGAUUUGGCAAAAUAUGUUUGUGAGGACAUCUGUUUCAGAUUGGGAGUUGACAAAACAAAAGGUAUUCCCAAAACAACCCGUCAUUUUACAUUUGCAACCAAUCAUGUGGAGUAUUUUGAUGGGUUUGGAAGUAUACAUGAUGUUGAAAGGUUACACACAUUUAUGCCAACAGAUUGGAGUUGGCAUUGCAAGAUGUCGAUAGAUGACUUAUUCUCCAAGUUUAAGUUCUUACGUGUCUUGUCUGUGUCUAACUGUUCUAACCUUACAAAGGUGCCUGACUCAGUAGGCGAUCUUAAGCAUCUCCGCUCAUUAGAUCUCUCCAACACUCACAUAGAAAGAUUGCCUGAGUCAACAUGUUCACUCUACAACUUGCAAAUACUGAAGCUCAACAAUUGUCCACUAUUGAAGGAACUGCCAUCAAAUUUACACAAACUCACCAAUUUGCGUCGUCUUGAAUUUAUGGAUACUGAACUGUUAAAGGUGCCAGAACAUUUGGAAAAACUGAAGAAUCUUCAAGUAUUCAUGAGUUCGUUUGAUGUUGGAAGUAAGGAAUUCAGCAUUCAACAACUAGGACAACUCGAUCAUCAUGGAAGGCUAUCAAUUGGGGAGCUGCAGAAUAUUGAGAACCCCUCCGAUGCAAAAGCAGCAGAUUUGAAAAAUAAAACUCACCUUCGGGAGCUAAAGUUAAAAUGGAAUAGGGACCAGGUCCCUGUUGACGCAUUGAAAGAAAGGGAUGUAAAUGUCAUGGAGAAUCUCCAACCUUCCAAGUACUUGGAGAAGUUGUCAAUCAGCCACUAUGAUGGUACAAAAUUUCCAACUUGGUUUGGAGAUUAUUCAUUAUUGAAUGUGGUGUCAUUAAGCUUGUUCCAAUGUAAACAAUGCAAAUGUUUGCCUUCCCUUGGACAUUUGCCAUUUCUCAAGGACCUCACAAUAUCAGGGCUUGAUGGGGUAGUAUGUAUUGAUGCUGACUUUUAUGGGAGUAGCUCUUGUUCGUUUCCAUCCUUGGAGACAUUGAAAUUCUCCCACAUGAAAGGAUGGGAGAAAUGGGAUUGUGAAGCCAUGAGAGGUGCUUUUCCACGUCUUCACCAUCUUGCUAUAGAUUAUUGUCCCAAGCUGAAAGAGCGCCUGCCAGUGCAAAUUCUUCAUUUUGAGACAGUAUAUAUUCGGCACUGCAAACAACUUCUGGGGUACGAUGGAAUGGUGAAAAUGAAUGGGAAAGAGGUCACCAUUUUUCGAGUACACCACAACAUGGAAGUAUGGUUUGUGGAAUGGAUAGGGAAAAUGAUAUCCCAUGAUUCUGUUGAAGACUUGAAAGUUUAUUCGUGCCCCAAUAUGAGUAUUUUAAUGAAUCAGCAAUAUAAUUUCCUUGUAAGUUUGACUGUUCAUGACAGCUGUGACUCUCUAACCACCUUUCCUAUAGACUUCUUCCCAACACUCAGAUCGCUUUAUCUCCUGAGCUGUUGUAAUCUACAAACGAUUUUACAGGUACAUGCUCAUAAUCAUCUCCAGGAUCUGGCAAUCAUUGACUGCCCUCAAUUUGAAUCAUUCCCAGAACGAGUACAUAUCCUGCUUCCAUGUCUUGAAUUCCUAAGCAUACGAGAUUGUCCUAGAUUUGAGUCCUUCUCUGAUGGAUGUUUGCCAUCAAAUAUAAAAAGGAUGUAUCUCACUAACUCCUCCAAACUUGUUGCUUCACUGAAAGGGUCUUUUGGAGACAAUCCCUCUCUAGAAACCUUGUUUAUUAUUGGAAAGUUGGAAGCAGAGUCUUUUCCCGAUGAAGGCUUUCUUCCACUCUCUCUUACUUCUCUAGGGAUCUAUGAUUGUCAACAUCUUAAAAAACUGGACUAUAAGGGUCUCUGCCACGUCCCCUCUCUCAAGGAAUUGCUUCUUGUUAACUGCCCCAGCCUCCAAUGCUUACCAGAUGAGGGUCUUCCCAAAUCCAUUUCAUAUCUUACCAUUUCAGGCAAUUGUCCAUUGCUCAAACAGCGUUGUAAGUAUCCGGGAGGCCAAGACUGGGGAAAGAUUGCUCAUGUUCAAAACCUGUCUAUUUUAUAAAUAUGAACUGAUGUGGAUUUUGUAAGUAAUCAUUUAUGGAAGGCUCAAAGGGUUUUCAGGGGGUACACUGAUCUGGGAAUUUGUACCUCAAACAUAGCUUAAAUAUAGCCAGGAGUGAAUUUACCUUCGACGUUUUUACUUUUAAUUGAGUAAUAUGAAAUGACUUUUGUUGCAUUAGGAAACUAUCACUAACAAGAAUAUGGCAUCAUUGAUUUCAAAAUGGGAGCAAACUCGGUUAAUGAUGUAAA